AUGAACCCUCCCCAAGCCCCUGGGCAGAACUACAUUCCACUCCCCACCCCACACUUAGCCUCCGCCGGGCCUAUCGUAUACGAUGAAGGAUCCAUGUACGGGUCCCUCUCUUCAGGCGAUUACGAAGCCUAUAAACGGCGGCACGCCAACUAUAAAGACUGGCGGCAAGAAGUGCCCGUCAAGAAGAUCCGUCCCGAGGUCGGCAGUGGGACGGGGAGCUCGCAGAGCUUUGGAAAACAGGUUGGGGUUGGAAGUGCGGAUUGGGCGUGGAGAGGGGGCAGUGACAGUGAUACGGGGACGGUGCCGACGACUGUCGUGGACAGGCUGAGGAGGGAGAGAGAUCAGGUUUUGGAGGCACAGGGGGUGAAGUAUGAUGAGCCGCCUCCGCCACCAGCACAGGUCAUCAGACAGCCUGAGCAUCAGAGGUCUGUCCCUGUUCCACCUGCCGAGAAUCCGCCACAGCCUUCGCAAUCAACCCAAGCACCAUCUCAACGUCCACGACCUCCUACUCGACAAGUCUCUUUCAGACAGGAGAUCUCUCCCAUCAUUGCCCAUCCUACCCCCGUCCCCAUUCAGACCCUUCCCCCUGCCCCUGCUCUCGCUCUUGCUCUUGCCCGGUCCUCGUCAAAACAGCACUCCAUGUCCGGGCCAAGCCAGGCUACCAGAAAGACAUCCGACCUCGCCGCCGGCCCAGCCUCUACCCCUUCUCCAACCGCGACGGAUACGCAUGCUGAGAGAGAAGCGUAUAUUCGAAGCGCUACGGAUCUGCCGUUGGAGAUGCUUGUCAAAACGCAGAAUGGCGGGACGGGCAGACAUCCUUCUGUACCUGCGAACAGCCGGGGUGGUAUUUCGAAGAAAGGCUCGAGUCGUUCGACCGGGUCGGGGUCAGGGGGUUUGAGGAGGGGAGAGGAUGGAGGGAGGAGUUUGGGAAGCGCUGGUGCGAGGUUGGAGAGGGGUGGGAGGGAUAAUCUUGGAAGCAAUAAGAGCAAAGUGUCUCUCAACGAGCGCAAGAUAGAUGCGAGAAGUCUGGGUAGCGCAGGGGGUCGGGUAGAGCGUUCGGCUACAGAUGGCGCAAAGGCAAGGAGUUCGGCAAGCCAGAGAGAGCAUCAAUAUCAAGGGUCGAACUUUCUACCUGUCCCCGGUGCUGCACCUACAACGAACGCCGCCCCCUCCGAAGCUACCAUCCACAAAGCCGCCCGACACCCUCUUCCCUCCUCAAAGCCGUCCAGCAACAACACCGUCCCAUCUGUCCCGAAUGGGGUCAAGAUUACAAAGAGUCGAGAAACGACGCUCCUCGAACCGCCUAUAGGGAGGCAAGAAGAUACCAAGGUGCCAAUCUCAGUCAAAACCGCCGUCGGUAGUACAUUACCACCUUCCAAACCGCCCACACAGGGUACCAUAGCCCAAGCUACCCGAGUGCCCCUUCCGUCUAGUACUCUGCCUUUAGCACCAAGUAGUCGGCAGCCUACCGUUCCCGAUGCUCCCACUGCCCCGAGGACAGAAGAACUCGCUGCUCCGGCUUUCAUGAACCCUUCUCAGGUGUCUCUACAGCAUUCAACCACAAAGAUGUCGGCGCCGACGCAUAGGCAGCAGAUGCCUUUACCGCGCCCGGCUUUGACGCCAAGGACGUCUUAUGAUGCGAUCGGUGCGGGGUAUCAGAAUGGGACUGGGAGCGGGAGGAGGGCGGAGAGUUUGGUGACGAGGUUUGAGAAAGGGUUGGCGAGUCCGGACAAUGGGAUUAGAGUGAUGGGUACACCCAAGAGUAGUCAGGUGGAUAUCUCAACCGAAACUCCUCCCGAUAGAGCAUCGACUUUGAAGCCGACGCAUCAGCCUUCUCAGCGCUCUGUCCGGUCUGGGCAAAGUCUUGCACCUCCGCCGCAAAAUGGACAUGGGGCAGGAGGGAGUCAUUCAAGUCUUCUGCUGCCUAUCGCCCCCGGGGGUACGUCUGAUGGGUCUCAGAUGCCGCUGCAACCUGCGCUAAAUCGACAGCCGAGUCAUUCGUCAAAUCGGAAUCCGCCGAGUCACGGACCCGGUCCCGUACCAGACCCUCGCUCAAGCCAGACGUUUCUGGCGUCCAAAGAAGCGACAGACUACCCGACGCCCCGCCCGAGAGAAGGCCACGACUUUGGCCACCAUCCUCAACCAGCAGUAUCUCAACCCUGGAACCAACGCUUCUCUACAGAGUGCGCACCUAUCUAUGCUGAGCAAUACUUAGACGUGCCUUCUCCUACGUACUUGGAUAAUCACGGGGACAGUCCUGAUGUCGUCUUUCUACCCUCGGGUGCGCCUUCGAGCUCGUUGAGGUCUGAUGAAGAGCAGGUGGCGAUUGAAGUACCACCGGGCUCCAAGCGACGCCUGAGAGUGACUCUCAAAUGGCUGAACGACCCGCAUGGGAGUAGACGGCAGAGUCGGUUAGAGGCUGUGAAUGAGAGUCCGAGAAGUGAUAGACCACCGGCUGUACCGCCGAAAGAAGGCCUGUUUCGACAAAGUAGUCGGGCGAGCCAUCGUCAGAAUGGACAGCCUUUACACGAUACGUCAUACUUGAACGGGUCUCCUCUCCCUCCCGCGCACGAGACUCUGGAUUCCCAUCGCCCCCACCACGAGCAGCUACCUGUUGAUGCUGAUUACCCGCAUCAAUCGGCAAAACAGCCUUACGCUUCGCAUGUCCAAGAGAACGUCUACCACAAUCCCCACAAUAACACUUCUUUCAACAAUGUGAAUAACACCUAUCAACCAGGUGCUACGCAAGCACAAGCCGAACAAGCAUACAACAUGCAAAUGCCUUUUGCGUUCAAUCAGCCGCAGGGAGCUUGGAAUUACCGGACGGCACAAGGAGGUGGUGUGGGGGAGGAGGACGAUGUCAAUCCUGACGGGCAGAGUAUCGACCCCUCGGAGGAUGGAAGCCCGAGGAUGGGGAUUAUGGGAAUGCCGUAUAUGAUGGGUAGGAUGGCGUAUCCUCAGCCGCAGCAGCAGGAGGGACUCCGGGGGCAGCAGCAAGGAGGUCGGCCUCAGCGUUCAGGUUUCUUUCGGCUGUUAAGAAGGAACUCUACUCCCCGAGGUCAAGGUGUGCUGAGAGAGGGCUGGGAUGAUGAUGGCAAUUCGAUCAAUCGCUGGAAGAGGAAGGUCCCUCUAGGACGGGCACCUACAGCAGCACCACUUCCUCGACCUACGAUCGCUCCUUCGUAUGCCCCUCGCAUGUUUGACAGGCCGCAUACGCCUACCCCGUGGCCUGUAUACCGCCAGUUUCCUGAUCAGACAUGGUGGAGCUCGGUAUUUCGGAACAGGGGCGGAGAGAGCAGAUAUCCCUCUCCCCUGCGACUUGGAAAGGGCAGAAGAGUUGCUUCGCCUGCUCCUCCUCUCGAAUUCCAGCACGCCCGACACGAGCCUUAUUAUUCCACCUUUCCUGCUCAACCCCCUUCUCGUUAUCCGAACGAUGAAAUCCGUCCUCCAGCCUACCACCAACCGGGGAACGAAACGAAAGAUCAACGAGCCUACCCUUCUCCGCGGGCGCAGAACCAAGCAAAUUUGCGGGACAAGGAGCGCCGAAAGGCUGAUAGGGAUGCGAAGAGACGGGAGAAGGAAGAGAUACGGUACAAUAAGCGGCUGAGAAGGAAUGAGCGGGAGAAACGAGGGUUGACAGGCAAGGAGGGUGGCCCGGGCGGGCGUAAGGGUGGCGUGGAAGGGAGGGGUAGGACGAUGCCGAUGGUCGGGGACUGGGUGUCGAAAGUGAAGCAGGAUAGCGACAAAAUCCAGCAGCCUCACCGCUCUGGAACCCUCACAGACUACAUUCCCUGGCGUACAACUGGUCACGCGUCCAACGACAACAACGCUGCCCGACUGCGUCGAAACCCAAGCACGCCGCGGAAAGCUGAAGAUGUAUUGGGGACCAAGAAGAACAAGACUGGGAGUGGUUCUGGAAGUGGAGGGGCGAUGGAGAUGUUGAAGAAGGGGUUGUUGCUGGGGAAGAAGAGCGAGGGGAAGUUGAUCGGAAAGACCAGGCCCCAAGAGAGAGGAAAGAAGUGA